UUUAUAUCUUUGGAAUGCACGCUGGGCAUUUGAUGGAAGAAAAAAUUCUAAUGGAAACCUAAGAAAACUAGCGGUGCGAUAGUUACUGUAGAGACUUAAGCUAUUUAAUGGGAGAAGGGGAUGUUGAAUGCAUAAGCUACUGAUAUUCAUUCAGACACCAGUUUUACUGUAGCAGCAAGAACAAUGGCUUCCAAUAGAACUCCAUAUCAGAGGUCCAGUCCAACUAAGGAGCUGUUCCUCGACAUUCUUACAAAAGAGGAGAAGGAAGCAUUGUUAACCAAGAAAAUGGAAGACUUGAAGAAGAAGAAUGAAAUGUUAAAGAAGAGACAUGAGGAAGUAGAGGCAGACAAACAAUUUGCGCGACAGAUCAGUGCCAAGGAUCCCCCUGUGAAGGAUGAUGGAGACAGCUGGCCCAGAAAACCUGUCAAAGACAGACUAGGAUCUCCUAGAAAAGAGGCACCAGAUUUUGACUUCGAUGACUCAAGAAAUAAUCACCAACAUGACAACAGAGGAAGGGGAAGACAUGAGUUUGGCCAAGAUGAUUCAAGAGAUCACCACAAUCAUGGUAGUAGAGGAGGGCGUGGCAGACAGGACCACCGAGGGGGGCGAGGAAGGGGAAGGCAUUUUCAGAAUAUGGAUGAUGAAGAAGGGCGACCCCAUUCUGGUGGAAGGCGAGGUAGAGGAAGAGGAAACCGUCCAACAUCCUUUCACCAGCAGCAGGAUUCUGGGCAUGAUGAGGCACCAUGGCACCAAGGUGGAGGUAGAGGAGGAAAGCAGGAUCAUGAUGGCAGGUCUGAUGACAGACGUGGUGGUAACCGUCGACCCCCCUCUGGAAGAACUCCCACAAGUCCUACGGAGGGAGGACCACCUCCAGAUCCAGCAUUCAACUUUCUGGCAGACAGGGCACGUGACCGAGAUGAUGAUGGUCAUGGUCCUCCACCACAAGGGGGCAGUAGGGAUGAGGGAAGCAGACGACACCCCAGGAAUUUUGGUGGUUCAAAUUUUGAUGACGUAAAAACUAGAAUUCAGAAAGAAAGAGGAAAGACAAGGUACAAGGGUCCUCCACGUUCCAACAUGGAGAUGGCAAUGCGUAUGACAGGGAAAGAGAGAAGGGAGUAUCAGGAAUGGAAGGCAGAGAGGGACCGCAUUGAUCAGGCUCGUAUACAGAGGCAGCGGGAUACAGGUGGAGACUGGAGGCGGGAGUGGGAUCAUGAUAAAGAGGAGGCGAGAUUUGAUGAUCUCCCUAGCCCGUCAGCCACUGAGCCAGCAAAGCGACCAGUUUUAGCUAACCAGCAACCUCUUAAUAUUAUAGCUGGCCGUAUAGGGAGUGGACGGUUUGAUCGUGGUGACAGACAGGAAAGGCAGAGAGGAGAAGGUAUCUCAAAGAAAGAGCCUCCCCAUGGUGGCAACAGUAACCAGGGAGGAUCAAGAGGAGGCAAAGGGCGAGGCUCAAGUCCACGGAAUCGCACAACUUCAUCAGGAAGUGAUGAGCAUCGAAAAGUCCAAAAGCAGGAAGAUUCUUUACUCAUCAAGAUUGACAACCAGAAAGCAGGCCGUGGAAGGAAAUCUGAGCGUGGAGGGCGUGGUCGUGCAAGAGGGCGAGGACAAGGGCAUGAAGGAAGCAGUCGGGGAAGGGGAGGAGAAAGAUUAACACAGGAGGAUAAAUCUAAAGCAGAGGAGAAUCUGGGUUCAACUUCUAGAUCUGACACCUUGUCACAGUCAGAGUCCUCUGAAUCUGGCAGCCAGAAACAUUUAGAAUCAGAAGAUUUAAAUGACAGCAAUAUCUCAUCUGGGCUCACGGAAGGUGGCUAUGGUGAGCAUUCUGACCAGUGGCCAGAGGGAGAAGAGCAGUGGCAUGAAGGAGAGCAUGGACAGCCAGAGAACCAAAACAGUCCACAUCCAAAUGAAGAUGAAGGGCAUUAUGGUGAUCAUCAUGAUGACGAUGAAGAAUGGGAGGAUUGCCCUGAGGAUGAAGAUCACCAUGAUUAUGAGGAGGACGAGGAGGAGGAGGCUGAAAAUUCAGAAACAUCUAAGCUAGACACAAGCCAGGAAGUUGAGUCACUGACAAAAAAUCUGAAAUUAGACAUUGCAGCAGCAGCUGAGCCUACUACCCCGACCAGUCCAGAGGUCACCCUGAAAACUCCUGUCCAUGUGGUUGACUGGGCAGCAGAAAUGGAAGAACGUUACCCUGACAACAGCCCCCCACAGGCUGGGUGCAGAAGCGAUGAUGUUGGUGCUGCAGGGGACACAGCAGCAGAGCAAGGCAAUACUCAAGAUGCAAGCACAAAAGAUGAAGGAGAACAUGCAAAGGAUGAUAUGGCAGAUAACAUGAUAGAGGACAGAGCUGUUGAAAAAAUUGGGGAUGGGGAUGUCCAAGAAAGUUCUGAGGUGACACCAGAUGUUAAGAACACCAUGCAUGCAGAGACAUCAGAGCAGGCAACACUCAGUGAAAGCGUAGUGGCAGAUGUUGUAGAAAAUAGCGAGAAAACUUGUGAACAAACAUUACCCACACAACAGCUGCAGCAGUCAGAACAAGAUAGUGAUGUUCUUGACACAGAGACAAAGGUUGAAAAUGGCAAUGCAAACCCAAAACAAGUCUUCACUUCUGACAAUACAGAACAGAGCAAGGAAGAAAACAAAGAUGCCACAGAAGAAUGUUCCAGACCUGAAGAUAUCAGCACAGAGAACAAGUCCUAGGCCCAUGUGUUCUUCAUUUCUAUUGGCUAGCCGACAGCAUAAUGCAGAAUUGGCCGUGUUGUGCCCCCAACAUUCUGGGAUAAUGGUCACAUCAUGCCCAAUACAGUUCUGUUUCCUGAACAACUGUCAUAUGACCUGCUGAUAAAAUUUCAAUUUUAUGGCUUCUUAAUUUUUUUUUUAUUAAUUAUAACAUUUUAUAUUAUUUAGUUCGUAUUUUAGGAGUAUGAUGGAUUUUUUGAGCUGGAGACAAAAAUUUCAAUUUAUUUAUUUAUUUGUUAAUGUUACAUGGUACAAGAUUUUUAAUAUUACCACUUUCUACUGCUUUAAUUUAUUUUUAUUUAGUGCAUUUUUUUACUGUUAUUAAAUUAAAUAAACUACUGAUUGUCAGAAAUCACAGUUAGAUGGCUUAAUUUGAUUCAUGCUCAAGGUAUUUGUCCAAUUUGUAUUAUUUGAUGUGUAAAGAGACAAUUUUAUUAAUAAUAUGAUGAACUGCUAACCAGUGGGGAAAAGGCAAACUUGUACUGCAGCAGUAAACAUGUGAUGAAAACUAGAUGCACCAGUAAUUGAUUAUUCCUAUGAAAUUCCUUUGACAUUUUAAAACAAGUAAGUAGUAAGGAAACUAAUAUUACUAUGAUGCUUAAAAUAUAUGAAAAAGAGGGCAUUUAUAAUGAAUAAUUUCAUUUUGAUUCUAGUAACUCGUAUCCCAUUUAAUAUUUAUACAUAUUGUACAUGUGUUCUGAUCAUGUUUCAUUUUAGUAAUUCCUCCAUGAAGCUGGUUUUAUCACAUGCUGGAAUUUUAUAAUAAUUACUCACUUAAAUGUGAAAGGAGUAAAAUUGAGAUGAUUUAAAUAUUAGAGCAGUAUACAUCACUUAUUUAUUAAUCUGUGUUAUGUUUAAAGCUUGUACAUACUGACCUAUGAAAUCAAUUAAAGAUUCAUAGUUUUUUUUAAAAUCAUAUUUGGUUUCUCAAUGGUUUAGAUUUGUCAUGUUUUCUUUCUGUGUUAUAUAUUGACACUGCCAUAAUGAAAAAGUUUUAAAAUAAUACAGAACUUGGUAAAUUGAUGAAAUUUCAUAGACUGUUCAUAUCAGGGUUUAGAUGAGCUUCAUAUACCAAAUACUGAAGAUUAUGUAGUAUUAUCUUUUGGAUUAGAAAUAAGAAUUGUGAAUUCUUUCAAAUUUUGGCAAAAAUGUGCUUGUUAAUGAAAUAUUUGAUUGGGCAUAUCAAAUCAUGCUAAUACGACCACACAAUAUUUAAUAAAUUGGAGCAUGCAAAGCAGUGCAUUAUCAGACUAUAGACAGUAUUACAUGUAUCGUUACCUAUAAAUGAGUUAUGUAAUAGGGUUUUAUUAAUGUUGACAAAAAAUCUGCUUUAAGAAGAAAGACUACAUUUUCUAAAAAGAAAAAGGUCUCAAAUGCUAUAUGCCCUAUAGCAUGGUCUAAUUUGUUUGAAUGGCAGAUUUGAGCUUAUCCACUUUCCUAGCAGUAAGUUAUGUUCCAAUUUAGAAUUUACCUGAAAACAUUUACUUCUGUACAGUUAUAAGGUAUUCUGUAUGACAGAGCCAUAGAGAUUAUAGAAAUGCCACCUUCAGUAGCUUUACUUAUCUGUAGGUAUAGAUAUUCUAUAUAGUAUUGGAUUGUUAAGAAAUUGGCUUUCAUUUGAAGAUUGAAUGUGUGCCUUUGUAGUUGUCCAUGUUUUACAUUUUGAGAUAAGUAGUUUGGAAUUGACCAUGAAGGCAGAGAGGAAGUUUAAGUGUGCAGUAAGGUGUAAACAUCUAGUCCAUUCAUGGAAGUAGGUAAAACAACUCUCUUUUUUUUUCUACCAAGAGAGAUGCUUAAAUUUUUAUAAAGGUAUAAAUUAUUCAUAUUUCAUAUAUACUUUGUAGAAUGGAGUUAUAUUUUGAAAGAGGCAAUUGUGCAUCAUGUUGUACAUCAGUGAAGCAAAAAGUGGACAGAAUCAAAAUAUGAACAUUCUUGAAAUAAAACUUAAAACCUUAUGCAAACUGAAA